AUGCAGCACUGGAGUUCGCACAUGUUGCAGCCAGCGAGGUAAACAAAUACAAAUUAUUGAAAAUGGCCAGAAAAAAGACCCCCAAGAAAAAAGUUGAAGUUGUUUUUGAUGCAGAGAAACGCAAAGAGUUCUUGACUGGCUUCCGAAAACGGAAGAACGAGCGCCGCACACGCGCCAAGGCAGAGCUGGCGAAGAACCUCAAAGACGAGCGGAUACGUAUCAGGCAAGAGGUUAAGGAGGGUUUCAAGCAUCUGAAGAAGUCCUACGAGCCGCUGAAAGAACUCACUGAGGAGGACAAGGCCGAGGAAAAAAAGCAAGAGACAUACGAAGAUGACGAAGUUCAGGUUAAAAUUGUAGAGCUGACCACCAAUGACCUGGCGGCUCAACGAAACAUGCUCGGUGCCAACACGGGCGAGGAGAGCGAAGAGGAAGAAAACCAGUCGGAGAGUGAGGAGGAGGAUCCAAAUCAGCCCGAUCGGAUACCUGGAAUGGACUACGACCCAAAUGCGCGCAAAAAACGAAAUGCACCUGCUGCAGCGGCAUCGGAACCAAAGGCCAAGAAACCCGCCCAACCGGAGGACCCCGACAUAAGGAGCAAAAAAGAUCUCGACAAGCUGAUGAAGACCAAGACACUGAAGAAGAUGCACAAGAGCAAAGUGUUCAAGCAGAAGGAGCGCCUGGAUAAGCAGGUGAACAUGAAGAAGGCCAAGCGGGAUCGCAACAGCACCAUCAAGAGUGUGCCCAAGCAUCAGCGCAAGAAGCUCAAGUACGGUGCGGGCAAACCGACAGUCUACAGCAAGGGCCGCAAAUUAAACAAAAAGGAUAUCCGACGUCAGCGUGGUGGUGACUAAGCCCUAGUAGUUGUGUUCUCUAAAACCUGACGAUUGAUAUUAGUUUUGUUUUGCGGUUUAUUUACUAUUACACACUAGUUGAUCAAAUAAACUGUUUUAAUUCCUACAA